AUGUCAAUGUCAAAGAUACAAGAGGAGAGCUUUGAUCUCCAUGAAGAUGUUAUAGUGAAGAUUCUUUGCCGGUUGCCAGUCAAGUCCUUGAUCCGGUUCACUUGUGUGUCGAAACGGUGGCGUUCUAUUAUCAUUUCUGAUCCUCAGUUUGGCAAGUCUCACCUUCAAGUAGCAUCACAGCAGGGAACUCUCUGUCGAAAAGUCCUCAUCUCCAUCUACCCUACAAUUAAAACCAUUCCGGGUCAAAUUCCCUAUCCUUUUGAAGAUGACAUGCCUUGGUUACCCUCUCGAUUUCAAUCCUUAGAAGGUUAUUCUUCAGUCAAUAAUCUCACCUUCCCAUCGGAGGAGAAGAGCCAGCGAGUAAUGGCCUCGUGCAAUGGCCUUGUACUUCUAGGUGAAUCCUAUAAUAAAAGUUCUUUUAAGAACUUGUCUGUCUGGAAUCCAUCAACUGGAUUUUUUCGCAAAAUACCGAGUCCAAGUUUUGGGUGUGAGAUGACAAAAUCAACAGAGAAGAAAAAGGACCCAAGCUUUUUAUAUUUAUAUUAUGGUUUUGGUCAAGUGUCAGCCACUGACGACUACAAGCUUGUUUUCGUAAAAACUGCCCUCGGUGAUUUUGAUGAUGUUCAUGUCUUCUCACUCAGAGCCAACGUUUGGAAAGUUGUUAUAUCUCCCUUGUCAUUGGCCGGCUGGAAUGACGGACGGGGGACUCUUUCAAAUGGAGCGAUUCAUUGGGUCAACUAUACAAGAGAUGGGAAAAUAGACCCAACUAUGGUUGCUUUUGAUUUAGCAGAGGAGAAGUUCCGGCAAGUGCCAUUUCCAGUUUUCGACCAAAGUGAAGAUGGCAUGGAUGUGAGAUUUCUAAAAGGUCAGGUUCUUUUAGGAGGAUGCCUUGGCAUAUGGUCUCGGGAUAUUUUAGACCGUAGUGAAAUUUGGGUGAUGAGAGAGUAUGGUGUGCCUGAAUCUUGGGUUAAACUCAGUCAAUUUAGUCGAGAUGAUUUACCAGAUGGGUUCACUUCAUGCAGGUGGGAACCUAGUUUCGUUACAGAAGGCGGUACAGUUAUGAUCAAACGGCUUGACAAGAAGGAGUUGGUCUGGAUUGAAUGCCGUCAAGAAGAGAAUCCUCUCUGCAGUGCCCAAUAUAGAAUUGAGGAGUUUCAGGAGUUUCCUGGGGUGAUAUUUGACGCGAUUGUAUAUGAUGAAACUUUAGUUUCACUACCUGAAUGA